CGGCGCAGGCAGCGCGGCGGACGGGCGGGCGGCGGAAGAACCGUGCGGAGCCCCGGGGCGGCGCCGUGCGGUGGCGGAUGGAGCUGGUGGCGGGGUGCUACGAGCAGGUGCUGCUGGGGUUCGCCGCGCGGCCCGGCCAGUCCUGGACAGUCGUCCCUGAUUUUACACAUCAUGCCCAUUCUGCCUCAUUGUCAGCUGUAGCAGUGAAUAAGAGAUUUGUGGUCACUGGGAGCAGAGAUGAGACAAUCCAAAUCUAUGACAUGAAAAAGAAGAUAGAACAUGGGGCUCUGCUACAGCACAAUGGCACGGUAACUUGUUUGGAGUUCUAUGGGACUGCACAUCUACUGAGUGGAGCUGAGGAUGGACUCAUUUGUAUCUGGAACACAAAGAGAUGGGAAUGUCUGAAGUCCAUUAAGGCACAUAAGGGACAUGUGACAUCUCUUUCUAUUCAUCCUUCUGGGAAAUUAGCUUUGUCAGUUGGAACAGAUAAAACAUUAAGAACUUGGAAUCUUGUUGAAGGACGAUCAGCCUUCAUCAAAAACCUGAAGCAAAAUGCACACAUAAUUAAAUGGUCCCCUGAUGGAGAGAAAUAUGUGACCGUGAUAGCAAACAAAGUGGAUAUCUACAGACUUGACACAGCUUCAAUCACAGGCACCAUUACAACAGAGAAGAGGAUUUCUUCACUUAGAUUUAUUACAGAUUCUGUCCUUGCCAUAGCUGGAGAUGAUGAAAUGAUUAGGUUCUACAGCUGUGACUCUCAAAAAUGCCUAUGCGAAUUUAAAGCUCAUGAAAACAGAAUAAAAGAUAUUUAUAGUUUUGAAAGAGAAGGACAGCAUGUUAUUGUUACUGCAUCCAGCGACGGUUACAUUAAAAUGUGGAAUCUGGAUCUUGAUAAGAUUAAAGAUGGGCCAUCUUUACUGUGUGAAGUCAAUACCAAAGCUAGGCUAACAUGUCUUGCAGUAUGGCUUGACCAAGCCUCAGAAAUGAAAGAAAACUCUGAUAAAACUGCAACAUCUUCUCAAGUUUUCGUCAUGGCAGUGGACUGGUUCGGCUUUGGCUACGCCGCCCUGGUGGCAUCAGGAGGGAUCAUUGGCUAUGCAAAAGCAGGUAGUGUUCCAUCACUAGCUGCUGGCCUUUUCUUUGGAAGUUUGGCUGGACUGGGUGCUUAUCAGGUCUCACAGAAUCCAAAUAACAUUUGGGUAUCUCUGAUUACAUCUGGAGCACUGACUGCCAUCAUGGGAACAAGAUUUUACCACUCCAGAAAAUUCAUGCCUGCAGGGCUAAUUGCUGGUGUCAGUUUGCUAAUGGUUGGAAGAUUAGCACUGAAGAUGUUGGAAAAGCCUCAGGAAAAGUAACUGUUAAUUUUACAUCUUAGUAUUUGGAAAAGGAAACCUGAUCAUGAAGUUGCAUGAAUGCAAAAGUGAGAAGAUGGAAAAAUUUUCUGCAUCAAGACAUUUUAUAAUCUUUUUUAUUUGUAAGGGGAAGUAGAAUGAUGGAACAGAAAGUUUUUAUACAAGGUAGAGCUGUUUGUAUAUAGAGAGAAGUGCGUCCUGGGUUUGAUUUUUCUGGACAUGUUUCAAUGCAUUUUAACACUUCCGUGUUUUUAUAUUCCAAAUUAUACUUCUGGCAUGUAUGAAGUAGAGAGAAAAUAUGCUGUAAUUAAGAAAAUAUCCACAAAGAGGCACCAGGAGUAACUGGCUAAAUACAACAGUGUAUCUCAAGCUUUUUAUACUGAGUAUUACAGUGUGCUUUACCUGUUGCAUUCUGAAUUGAUAUACCAUGUCUUUAUAAUGUCAAGCAGAUUUUGCCUUUUUAUUGUGAAAUUAUGCUAAAAUGAUGCUUUUCUAUAAGUAAAAUCUGUUACAAACGUG